AUGCGAGCAAGGCGAUCCCAGAGCGAUGCUCAUCCCAUCAGACUGGGUCGGGCGGAUCUGGGUCAUACUCGGAUGCCCGACCAGGAUGUCAGAUGGGCAUGGGGUGGUUCGACGGGACCUGGUCAACAUGGAUCUCAGCAGGCAGAGGCCGUCGCAGCAGCAUGGCAUCAGGAGCGGACCAAGGGGCUCGGCAGGCUCGAUUGGUACGGGCUACUGCACCGUAGCACAGGAUUGCCCGAGGACAGAGCACCAAGUGUCCAUGUGCUGAUCCUGCUAGGCUCUGGCACCGAGCGCAGCUUCGGCGUCUUGCACGCAGCUGCAGGUCGUCAGACGCAACUUUUCCAGCACGGCUUUGCACUCGAGGAGGCACUGCUUUGCAGCUCAUCAGGGUCUGAACAGCUGUAG